GAAGGAAGUCAGGUACCAGAAGAAAGAGUUAAAGUAAGAAGAAAAAGAGGACCAACAAAGAUGCGUAAAGUGGCUGAAAAUCCUAAUGAAAGGGUUUCAGUUUCUUUCACUGACUUUGGUGAUCAUGUUGGAACUGGUUCAGUAAGAUUAUCAUCUUUUCUUGGUGUUCUCGUGAGUCAGUUCAUUCCGGUUACAAUUUCUGAUUGGAGAGAAGUUGAUGCAGCGACUAAAGAAACAUUGUGGGAACAAAUUCAGGGGAGGUUUGACAUGGAAGAAGAAUGGAAAAAAGCUGUUAUUAUGAAGCAAAUGUGUAAUAUCUUUAGGGGUAUGAAGUCAAGGCUAGUGACAAAAGUACGUGCUGCUGAGACAGCUGCUGAUAUACUAGCUUUAAAACCUAGCAACAUCCCAUCCAUUCAAGUGUGGAACUCUUGGGUUAAGAGCAAGACUAGCAAAGCUUUUACGGAAGUAAGUAACAAGAUGAGGAAGUUGAGACAUGAUCAGAUUCCUCAAACCUCCAGCCGCAAAGGAUUGGUUCGUUUAGCUGAUGAUAUGAAAAAAAAGAGUUCAAACCCAAGUAAGGUGACUAGGACUAAGGUAUGGUUAGCGGGACACACUCAUGCUGAUGGUAGACCUGUGAAGCCUCAAUUUGCUGAGACUAUUAAACAAAUACAAUCACUUGAUAGUGAAAUGGACUCUACAUCAGCUGCUGAUAACAUAAGGGAAGAUGCUGUGAGCCAGAUUUUGGGAAAAGACAAACCUGGACGAGUAAGGGGGUUUGGUAGAGGGAUCACGGGUACUAAGUUAGCGUUUAUGCAAGCUAGAGACGCAAAAAUGGCAGAAAUGAAAAGUGAGAUUGAUGAGUUGAAGGGAAUGUUUAGAGACUUAGCUGGAAAGAAGAAAAGUUAUUGUGAGACUGAAACAUGUGAGAGUAGUGGUGUAUUCAAAGUAGGAGAUAGAGUACAACUACUGGAUUGGAUUCAUUCAAGAGAAGUAGUUGUUGGUGAAGGAGAAUUCUGUUCUGAUGAACCGAUGUACAAAAUUGGUCGUGUACCAAUUGGUCCUAAUGCAGUGGCUGUCAUUGUUAGUUCUGUACUAAGCUCAACAGCUUCUCUCUGGAGGCCUACAUCAGAUGUGUUAUAUCUUAAGGAAGCUGUUGGAUGCAAAAUAUCUUGGCCAAUGGACAAAGUGCUUAGGGUUCCAUUCACUUCUGAAGAUGUAUCCUUAGGGCCAAACAAGGAAGGUGAAACUCGAAGCUGCAAAAUAUUUGAUUGGGAAAAUAUAGAGAAUGAUGAGCUUAUUGCUGAAGGUAUCGUGUGCUCAUCUAACUCCAAAGAGAGGGUUAACAAUAUUCCUCUAGGUCCGGGUGCUGUUAGUCUUCAAGUUGUGAAGGUGUUCAAUUUUAAUGCUCCUUUGUGGAGGCCAACUGCUGAUAUUAGUGUAAUUGGUGAAGCAAUUCAUGAAAAAAUCGCAUGGCCAGUCCUAAAGAUUGAUGUCACGGCUACAGCCACUCCAGAACCAACACUAACUAAAUCAGUGAGUCCAGGCAGCAAUAGUUCCACCAAAAGUCCAAAGCAGAAGUGUGUUCUUUUAGACUGCAACAAUUCUGGUCGUAUUGUAGCUGAAGGAACAGUGAUGUCAACAGAUCCAGAAGAUAAGUGCCAUAAUGUGCCCCUCGGUCCAAAUGCAAGCAAGGUCUCUGUAGAUUUGAUUAAGAUUGGUAAUGCAAAGGUCUGGAGGCCAAAUUCAGAGUUUGUAUUCAUUUCUGAUGCAGUAGGUUCAGUUGUACCUUGGCCAACCGAGAAAGUGAAGUUUGUGUGAAACUUAGCCAAUUGUGAUAUUGGUACUUUGUGUAAUAUUAUGGUAUUGGUACUUUGUGUAAUAUUAUGGUA